AUCAAUUAAUUGUAGACCCAUGGGUUGGUGGUUAUAAUUUCGCUUGUACCUAUGUUGAGUAGUAUAUUUCCGCAAUAGUGUCCUCUAUGAUGUACGGUAUUCAAACAAUCCACAGUACCCAGGUACGGCAAAGAGGUGUUGGUCACCUCUAACUCGAAAAGGCCCACAAUCACUAGACAGAGAUAAUCGACGUUGAUCAUUGCUACUAGAUACGGAAUCCUGUGAGUAGUGAGAACCACAAACUGAGACAAUAACUCUACCAUUCUUUGACGCCUCUAUAUGACACCACUUUACGACCCUAAUGAAAUCAUAAAUUACGGGAUUCAAAAGCAAAUUCAAAAGAAAAAUAGGAGAAAACUAGCUAAACUCGAGAAGCAGGGUAUAUUUGUUGGGAGAGACCCAAUAAAAUUGUUGAAAAAAGCUAACAAGAGUUCAAAAUCAGAAACUAACAAUGCAGAUCUGACAUCCGUUGAUAUCAUUCGCAAAAAGUGGAAAAUUGCAUCACUCAGAGCUCAAGGUGUGAAGGUUAAAGAUGACAUGUCACUUUUGAAAAGGGCAGCUGAUAAAGUACAUAAACUCAAACGGAAACGAGCUAAAAACUGGAAGAAGCGUAUAGAGGCUAAUGAAGAAAAGAAACGUGAGAGACAGGUUAAAAGAACUGCCAAUAUUCAAGCAAGAAGAACGAAAAAACUUUCAAAGAAACUAAAUAAAGCUCGUGAAAAAGGGAGAAUUUUCUUCACCUGUGAAUAAACAACUGUAUUUUGUGCUUAUUCUAAAACACUUCAAAACAAUUACUCACUGAUGAGCAUUUUGAAAUU